GCUGUUUACGGGCCGUUUUUUAUACUCAUUUGCAUUCACACAACUGGUGGAAGAAAUCAAAGUUACGAAAAAGUCAAAAUAAUAAAAAAAACGGUUUUGAAGUGACAAAGUAGUUGAACCAAAGAAAUCCGGUUGCCGUCUUUCUCAAAAACAGGACGCGUUGAAAGGUGACAGGAGUCCAGCAGCAAAGAAGCUUAACAAUGGAGCCUCCGUCAGCAGGCGGAGGAGUCGCACAUAACAAUAGCACACACAAAUUUCAUCCAUGUGAUGAAGCCGUCAUCGCUACCAAUGACGAUGCCAGCGAUUGCAAACGAGGUGCUGUGCGCCUUGGAUACUGGAAGGAUGACUACAUUGGGUUCUUUGUGCGCAAUCAGGAAAGAAAAGCACCUGAAAUAAAUCGCGGUUACUUUGCACGCGUCAAGGGCGUUGAGAUGUGUGUGGAGAAGUUUCUGAAGAAAACUUCUGGAAAUUGUCAAAUCAUCAACCUUGGAUGUGGCUUUGAUACGCUCUACUUUCGUUUGCGAGACACACCGCACCAGGUGAAGAAUUUCAUUGAGCUAGAUUUUCCCACAGUGACCGCGCGCAAAUGCUAUACAAUCAAACGCAACAAAGCACUGCUGGCCAAAAUAAACGACGAGGAUGGAGAAGUGCGUCUCAGCCCGACUGAUUUGCAUGGUCCCAACUAUCAUUUGAUGGGUGUAGACCUACGCAAUCUGGAUGAGGUGGACAAUAAGCUGCAGCAAGCCGAAGUGGACUUCACUCUGCCCACCAUAUUUCUCGCGGAGUGCGUACUGGUCUAUAUUGAAGCUCAAAACUGUGGAAAUCUACUCAAAUGGAUAGCGCAGAAGUUCCAAGCAGCCGUCUUUGUUAACUAUGAACAGGUCAACAUGAACGAUCGGUUUGGCGAUGUUAUGCUUAACAAUCUGCGCAGUCGAGGCUGUAGUUUGGCGGGCGUGGAAUCUUGCUUGUCACUGGAAACUCAAACCAAUCGGUUCAAGGAUUGUGGCUGGAGCGGAGCACGCGCUUGGGACAUGGUACAGGUGUACGAAAGCAUUUCGUCAUCGGAGCGCCAACGCAUAGAACGUCUAGAAAUGUUGGAUGAGGGAGAGCUACUGCUACAGCUAUUCCAGCACUAUUGCCUCGUUGUUGCCUGGCUGGGCGUAGCCUUCCAGGAUCUCGAUAUAACCGUCGAGGAGCUGAUGUCCUCACUGAACAUUGACUAGGGCGCUCGGUGCAAAGAAGUAGCUCUUGGCUCCAUCGCACGACAUUUGUAAACAUAAUAAUUUGCAUGCACUUGCUUGCAACCUUUACACAGAUUGUGUUAACAAAUUAUAAUGUAUUUAAUGUUUCUCACUUACAUACAUACACAUACACACACCCAUUCACACAUAUAGCUAUAUGCAAUGUAUAUAAAUGGCAUUGCUUAUUUAACGUCCCCUAUCCAUUCUUAAAUUGUUAGGUGUACAUCUUUUAAGAUUGGCAAAUAUUUAAAAUUGUUCGUUCCUUAAGCCGUUUUCCAUUAAGC